AUGUAUUGUAUCCUUGUCAUUACGUUAUUGUUUGGUUAUUCUUACAGUCAAUGUCCAGCUGCUAAUCAACUAGUCUGUGGUGCACUUCCAUGUGUUCAGACAGGAACCCUUUUCUCCUGCCUGUGUCCAGAUUUGACACUUCAAUCAAAUCCAGCAUUAUGCGGAGGAACAGUGACAACAACAACUGUACCAACCAUUGUCGUACCAAAUGCUUGUGACACUGUGACAUGUCAAGCCGGUGCAACAUGUAUUCCAACAAGUGUAAAUCCUCUUGCUUACAUCUGUUUGUGUCCAAAUAACAUAAUUGGAAAUCCCAAUUGUCCAACUAGUCCUAUCGUGAGUAAUCCAUGUGUAGCUCAGCCAAACAAAUGUCAAAAUGGUGGUACAUGCAUAGUGAACCCAAUAUCAUUACAAGCAUGUUGUUUAUGUCCGACGAAUUACUAUGGUCCCAAUUGUCAAUCUACGUGCGUACGACAAUGUGCUUCCGAUUGGUGCUAUAAUGGUGGACGCUGUGGAAAUGCCUAUGGCAGACCCUAUUGCUCGUGUCCACAAAAUUAUCGUGGUCGAAGAUGUGAAGUGAAACUCAAUACACACAAUUACGUUUAUCUCUACCAUCAUCCACGUUGGUAA